CUAUAAAUUUCAUACCUUACUUCUCAAGCCACCCCUUCUCUCCCCCAAUACACACCAACACUACCUUCUUCAAUCUACAUCCUACACUUUUCCUCCAUUCCCAAUCCUAUUUACAUCUAAUUCUACUCAUUAACUCUUCUCUCUCCUAUCUCCAUCAUACCAAGCAAACUAACUCACUUUUCAUACCCAUUUUAUUUAAAUCCAACCACAUUCCCCCCAAUAAUGGUCGACGUCGACCGGAGAAUGUCUGGUUUAAACCCGGCCCAUAUAGCCGGCCUCCGCCGUCUCUCUGCCCGAGCUGCCUCUGGCCCAUCUCCUCCUACUCCUAUCCCUUCUCGCCUCUCUCUUUCCUCUCUAGCUUCCAAGCUCAUUUCUCACCUUAAAUCAUCUGGUAUCCAAGUCCAAUCCGGGUUAACGGACUCUGAGUUUGCCCGUUCUGAAGCCGAAUUCGGGUUCGUUUUUCCACCCGACUUAAAAGCAGUCUUACAAGCUGGUCUCCCUGUCGGGCCUGGUUUUCCUGAUUGGCGUUCGCCUGGGGCCCGUCUUCAUCUUAAAGCCCUCAUCAACCUCCCCAUUGCAGCCAUAUCACUCCAGAUCGCGAAAAACUCACUAUGGUCCAAAUCAUGGGGCCCACGACCUUCCGACCCGGAAAAAGCCCUUAAAAUUGCUCGUACUUCCCUUAAACGAGCUCCACUCUUAAUCCCCAUUUUUAACCAUUGUUACAUCCCUUGCAACCCUUGUUUAUCUGGUAACCCCAUUUUUUACGUUGAUGAGGAUCGGAUCUUCUGUUGCGGGUUCGAUUUAUCUGACUUUUUCGAUCGCGAAUCCAUAACAACAAUCAACAUAGACAAUAACACAAUCGCAUCGACCAGGUCUUCACUCCAAAAACAAAGGUCAUUAAGCGGAUCAUCUUCGUCGUCUUCUUCUUCCACGUCAUCUUCCUCGUACUUCUCUCGAAGAUCUCUAGAAGGUUCUAGAACUCCGCGUUGGGUAGAGUUCUGGAGUGACGCAGCUAUCGACCGUCGUAAAAGAAACUCCAACUCAUCAUCAUCUCCCGAAAGAUUUAUCGACAUGCCAAGAUCAGAAAUACCAAACUGGGUCCAUGACUACAUAAAGCAAAUCGGGUCGGUUUUAAGAGAAGGUGGGUGGGCUGAAUCUGACGUUUCGGAAAUCGUACACGUGUCAGCUUCUGGAUUCUUUGAUGGUGGUGAAACGAUGCUUGUUGAUAAUCAAAGUGUUUUAGAUGCUUUGCUUUUGAAAGCGGAUCGAUUCUCAGAUUCGUUAAGGAAAGCCGGGUGGAGCUCUGAAGAAGUAACGGAUGUAUUCGGGUUUGAUUUUAAAGUACCGGAAAAGGAAAAGAAACCGGUGAAAAAAUUAUCGCCUGAAUUUGUUGAAAGGAUUGGGAAACUGGCUGAGUCGGUAUCUCGGUCUUCGCCGAAGAUUAGUAUCACAGCAUUAUAAUUGGCGGGGUUACCGGUAACUACGCACAAGAAUUAGAGAUUCUUUUUCUUUUUUUUUUUUGAAUUUUAUUAAUCUGUAUUAAUAUUAAUUUUUUACAUAAAAAGAAAACAUGGUUAUCUCUCUUUUUUAGCAAAAUGAAGCGUGGAAAGAGGGGAGAUUUACUCGGUGUUUUACAAGGAAAGGAAAAGAUUAUAGCAACAAAUAUAUUGAAUAUAUAAAUUUGAAUAUAUAUUUUAAUAAUGAUUAAUAAAUAU